AUGUUUCCCCCUCUCCCUACGCCCCUCCGCAUAGUAAUAGGCGGCGACGACGCCGGAUUCUCAUACAAAGCCCUCCUCCUCGCGGACCUCAGCUCGGACCCACGCGUCUCCUCAGUCCAAGACGUCGGGCCGCUCACCGCGUCCGACAAGACCGCAUACGCGCACUACGCCGUCUCAGCAGCGCGUGCCAUCUCGCGCGGCGAUGCAGACCGGGGCUUGUUGAUCUGUGGCACCGGGCUGGGCGUCGCCAUUGCCGCGAAUAAGGUUCGGGGCGUCAGGGCCGUGACGGCGCAUGAUAGUUUUAGUGUGGAGAGAGCGGUGUUGAGUAAUGAUGCGCAGGUGCUGUGUUUGGGGGAGAGGGUUGUGGGGAUUGAAGUUGCGAGACGGCUGGUAAGGGAGUGGUUGGGGUAUAGGUUUGAUACGGAAUCCGCCUCCGCGGCCAAGGUUCAGGCUAUUACCGAGUAUGAUUUGGAGAAGUAG